UCGAACGCAUCACAAGUACCUUUCCUCGCACCUCCUGUCAAUUCUGAGGAAGAAAAUGCAGCAAACUUCUGGUAAGACAACAACACAGUCAUUACAGAUGACAUCACUGGAACCCAUCUGCUCUUCAUGCUCCCUGGUGCUUUUGAAAAAUAAAUUCUCAUAAAAGUUUAUAUAAAACUUCCCUUUUUGUUCUAAUUAAGUCAACCUGCCUAAAGACUCCAGAAAGCAAGCAUGUUUAAUCUAAUUAAGAAAGACAAGGAGAAGGAGAAGGACUUGGGAAAGAAGGACAAGAAAGACAAGAAGGAAAAGAAGGAGCGCAUGUCUCAGGCGGAGCUCAAGAGCCUGGAGGAGAUGAGCAUACGUCGAGGCUUUUUCCACCUCAAUCGAGGGAGCUCUAAGAGGGACACGAGGAGCAAGCUGGAGAUCUCUGGUCCCAUCCCCAUCAAGGUGGCCAGCAGCACAGAGCUCAGCCUGACGGACCUGGAGGCUGAGUGCCUCCACAGCACACUGCAGGACGUGGGGCAAAUGAGUGCAAGCGUCUCUGGUGAAGACGUUCAGGCAGAUGAGCUGGAGCAUCACCACGGCUCCGUGAAGGAGAGAGCAGCCAAGUUUGGGGAGUUGGCCAAGUUGAAUUCAACGGCGGGCCAGAGGCAAAUGUCUUUUUCCCAGAGGAGCAAGGAGGACAAUGCUUUGGAGGCCUCUGGGUGGAAUUGGAGUACAUCGUCUCUGAGGUCCCACCCCAACACAAAAAGCAUGGUUCAGAUUCCCGAGAUGGUGGAGAAGACCUUCCCGGGGGCUGACCUGCAGUUGCCUUUGCUUGCUGCUCCGCCGAUACCAGAACCAAGAGAGCUCGAAAUCCAGCGGCGCAACACGGGGGACUUUGGCUUCUCUUUGCGGAGGACCACCAUGCUGGACAGGCACCCUGACGGAGGGGUGCGGCGGCACGUGGUGCACUUUGCCGAACCAGGCGCCGGGGCCAAGGAUCGGGCCCUGGGCCUGGUGCCAGGAGACAGGCUGGUGGAGAUAAACGGGAUCAACGUGGAGAAGAAGAGCAGGGAUGAGAUUGUGGAGAUGAUCCGUCAGUCUGGAGAGUCGGUGCGGCUGAAGGUGCAGCCGAUUCUGGAGCUGAGUGAGUUGAACCGCAGCUGGCUGAGGACAACUCAAGGCCUGCAGAAAGAGGUCUUAGACGGAAAGACCGAGGAGCAGAUAACAGCAGAGAGAGUCUGGUACAGCACAGAGAAAGUAUGGCUCGUCCACAAGGAUGGAUUUUCAUUGGCAACUCUCCUGAAGACAGAGGCGGGCAGUCUGCCAGAGGGGAAGGUGAAAAUCCGCCUGGAGAGUGACGGAUCUUUAUUGGACGUGGAUGAGGACGAUGUGGAGAAGGCAAACCCUCCGAUGUUUGACCGAGUGGAAGACCUGGCCUCGCUGCAGUAUUUGAACGAGUCGAGCGUGAUGCACUCCCUGCGGCAGCGCUACGGCGGCAACCUGGUGCACACCCACACCGGGCCCAACAUGGUGGUCGUUAACCCCAUCAGCAACCCCUCCAUGUACUCGGAGAAGGUGAUGCAAAUGUUCAAGGGCUGCAGGAGGGAGGACACCGCCCCUCACAUUUACAGCAUGGCCCAGGCCGCCUAUCGGACCCUGCUGACGACUCGCCAGGAUCAGUCCAUUGUGUUGCUGGGCAAGAGUGGCAGUGGCAAGACCACCAACUGUCAGCACAUCAUCCAAUAUCUGGUUACCGUCACUGGCAGCACCAGCAAAACCUUUUCCACGGAGAAGUGGCAGGCAGUCUACACCGUUUUGGAAGCGUUUGGAAAUGCCUCGACGUGUAUGAAUGGGAAUGCGAGUCGCUUCUCUCACAUUGUUUCCUUGGACUUUGACCAGGCGGGCCUGGUGACCUCAGCCUCUAUCCAGACGAUGCUUCUAGAGAAGAUGAGGGUGACGAGGAGACCAGAGGGAGAGUCCACUUUUAACGUCUUCUACUACCUGAUGGCCGGAGUCGACAGCUCUCUUAGGACCGAGCUGCACCUCAACCACUUUGCUGAAAACAAUGCAUUUGGAAUCAUGCCUCAGACAAAGACUGAGGACAAGCAGCGGGCCUCGCAGCAGUUCUCCAAGCUGCAGGCAGCCAUGAAGGUCCUGGGGAUCAGCGGCGAUGAGCAGCGGGCCUUCUGGCUCGUCCUCGGGGCCAUUUGCCAUCUCGGAGCUGCAGGAGCUACCAAGGCUGGCAGGAGACAAUUUGCCCGUCACGAGUGGGCCCAGAAGGCGGCCUACCUGCUGGGCUGCACCCUGGAGGAGCUCUCCUCCUCCAUCUUCAAGCCCCAGGCCAAGGGCACCCUGCCCAGAGCCAGCGCCGCCCGCCAGGCUUCUGAGGAAAACGGCACAGCGGAUGCAGGAUCCAAGGCUACAGCCAUGGAGUGUUUGGAGGCUCUGGCAUCUGGGCUCUACUCUGAACUUUUCACUAUCCUCAUUUCUCUGAUAAACCGGGCCUUGAAAUGCAGCCAGAACUCCCUGUGCUCCCUGCUCAUUGUGGACACACCAGGCUUUCAGAACCCCAGGCUGGCGAAGCGUGAGUGCGGCGCCACCUUUGAGGACCUCUGUCACAACUACACUCAAGAGCGUCUGCAAGCUCUCUUCUACCAACGCACCUUUGUCCAGGAGCUGGAGCGAUACAAGGAGGAGAACAUAGAGCUCGCUUUGGAUGACACGGAGCCCAGCACAUCUCUCUCUGUAUCUGUGGUCGACCAAGCCUCCAGCCAAGCACUGGUACGGACAGUUCGAACAGACGAGGCACGGGGCCUGUUGUGGCUGAUGGAGGAGGAGGCGGUGCAGCCCGGGGGAUCAGAGGAGACGCUGCUGGGACGUCUCUUUAGCUACUAUGGACCUGCCGAGGGGGAGAGUAAAGGUCACACUUUCCUCUUGAAGAGCGAGAAGGACAACCAUUUCCUGCUGGGGCACAGUCAUGGGACCGACUGGGUGGAGUACAACGUCUGCGGGUGGCUCAACUACGCCAAACAGAAUCCUGCCUCGACCAACGCCACCAGCCUCCUGCAGGACUCCCAGAAGAAGAUCAUCAACUCGCUGGUAAUGGGGCGAUCAGGUGGAGCCACUGUUUUGUCCGGUUCCAUCGCCGGCCUCGAGGGCGUCUCCCAGCUGUCCUUGCGACGGGCCACCAGCAUGAGAAAGACCUUCACCACAGGGAUGGCUGCGAUCAAGAAGAAGUCCUUGUGCAUCCAGAUAAAGCUUCAAGUGGAUGCUCUUCUUGACAUGGUGCGGAGGUCCAGGAUUCACUUUGUUCACUGCAUAUUGCCCAAGGCCGAUGCCCUGAAGGCUCUGAGCGGAUCCCUGUACAAAGCAGGGGAAAGUGAGGCUCAAGGAGAGAGUGGAGAUCCGGGCCUAAUGCAGCUCGAUGUUGCCUUGCUGCGCGCUCAGCUGCGCGGCUCCAAGCUGCUUGAUUCUCUCCGGAUCUACAGGCAAGGCUACCCCGAUCACAUGGUGUUCUCCGAGUUCCGGCGGCGAUUCGACGUGCUGGCGCCGCACCUCACCAAGAAGCACGGCAGGAAUUACAUCGUGAAGGACGAGAGGAGAGCUGUGGAGGAGCUCCUCGAGUCCUUGGAUUUGGAGAAGAGCAGCUACCACAUGGGUCUGAGCAGGUUGUUCUUCAGGGCUGGCACUCUGGCUAAGCUGGAGGAGCAGAGGGAUGAGCAGACCAAGCGCAAUCUGACCCUGCUCCAAGCGGCCUGCAGAGGCUACCUGGCGCGGCAGGCCUUCAAGAAGAGAAAGGUUCAGGAUCUGGCAAUCCGCUGCAUCCAGAAAAACAUCCAGAAGAACCGUGGUGUGAAGCACUGGCCCUGGUGGAAGCUCUUCACCACAGUCCAGCCGCUUAUUAAGGUCCAGCUCACCGAGGAGCAGAUGCGAGGCAAAGACGAGGAGAUGCAGCUGCAGAAGUCCAAGCUCGAGAGGGUGGAGAAAGAGCGAAAUGAGCUGAGGCUGAACACGGAUCGAUUGGAGAGCAGGAUUGCAGACUUGUCGGCGGAGCUCGCGGACGAGAGGAGCACGAGUGAGUCGGCAUCGCAGUUGCUGGAGACGGAGACUUCAGAGAGACUCCACCUGGAGAAGGACAUGAAGGAUCUGCAGGCCAAGUUUGACGCCAUGAAGAAGCAAUUAGAGUCGCAGGAAAUGGAGGUGAUGGAAGCUCGCCUCAUGAAGACGGCCGAUCUCAACGGGGAGAUGGACAGCGACGAUGAUGCUGGAGGCGAGUGGCAGAUAAAAUACAACAGAGCCAUUCGGGAAAUGGAGUUCACCAAGAAGAAACUCCAGCAGGAGUUUGAUGACAAGCUGGAGACGGAGCAGCAGAGCAAGCGACACGCUGAGAGGAGGUUGGCUGAUCUGCAGACAGAUAAUGAGGAUGUGCAGCGCUCUGUGCAGCAGCUGAAGAAGAAGUGCCAGAAACUGACGGCGGAGCUGCAGGAUACCAAGCUUCACCUGGAGGGACUGCACAGCCGCAACCACGAUCUGGAGAAGAAGCAGAGGAAGUUUGACAUGGAGCAGAACCAGUCCCAGGCUGAGGUACAAAGGGAAAGGAGCCACAGGGAGAAACUGGCUCGAGAGAAAGACAUAAUGACUGGUGAGAUGUUUAACCUCCGCCAGCAGCUGCAGGACAAGGACGGCGAGUUGUGCGCCACAAAUAUGAAGGUGCAGCAGCUGGAGGCUGAGCUUCAGGACGUGUCCUCCCAGGAGUCCAAGGAAGAAGCCUCUCUGUCCAAGGUCAAGAAGCAGCUUCGCGACCUUGAGGCAAAGAUGAAAGACCAGGAGGAGGAGCUGGACGAGCAGGCCGGAAGCAUCCAGAUGCUGGAGCAGGCAAAGCUGCGGCUGGAGAUGGAGAUGGAGAGACAGCGGCAGACCCACUCCAAAGACAUCGAGAGUAAGGACGAAGAAGUGGAUGAGAUCAGGCGAUCCUGCAGUAAGAAGCUGAAACAGAUGGAGGUGCAGCUGGAGGAGGAGUACGAGGACAAGCAGAAAGUGCUGCGCGAGAGGCGAGAGCUGGAGUCCAAACUGCUCACUGCCCAGGACCAGGUGAGCCAGAGGGACGUGGAGACUGAGAAGAGGCUGAGAAAAGAUCUGAAGAGAACCAAAGUCCUUCUGGCUGAUGCACAGAUUAUGUUGGACCACCUGAAGAGCAACGCCCCGAGCAAGAGAGAGAUCGCCCAGCUCAAAAAUCAACUGGAGGAGUCAGAGUUCACGUGCGCGGCGGCGGUGAAGGCUCGAAAGAGCAUGGAGCUGGAAAUAGAGGACCUGCACAUCCAAAUGGAGGAUGUGGUCAAAUCUAAGAUGUCGCUGGAGGAGCAGCUCAGCCGGCUGCAGAGAGAGAAGAACGACCUGCAGUCUCGCAUGGAGGAGGAUCAGGAGGACAUGAAUGAGCUGAUGAAAAAACACAAGUCUUCAGUCGCCCAGUCUGCCAGGGACUUGAGCCAGAUCACUGACCUGCAGGCGCAGCUUGAAGAGGCCACAAAGGAGAAGCAGGAGAUCCAGGAGAAGCUUCACUCCGUGCAGAGCCAGCUCGAGUUCCAAGAGCAGUCCAUGGUGGAGAAGUCCCUGGUGAGCCGCCAGGAGGCCAAGAUCCGUGAGCUGGAGACCAAGCUGGAGUACGAGAGGACACAGAUCAAACGCCUGGAGAGCCUGACGGGUCGUCUGAAGGAGAACCUCGAAAAGAUGUUGGAGGAGCGAGCCCAGUACGUCGCCGCGGAGAACAGGGAGAAGGAGCAGAACAAGCGAAUGCAGCGGCAGGUGCGGGACAUGAAGGAGGAGACGGCCGAGCUGUCCAAGAAGGAGGGCGAGGCGAGCCGGAAGAAGCACGAGCUGGAAAUGGACAUCGAGAGCUUGGAGGCGGCGAAUCAGAGCUUACAAGUGGACCUUAAGCUGGCCUUCAAGAGGAUAGGCGACCUGCAGGCCGCGAUCGAGGACGAGAUGGAGAGCGAUGACAAUGACGACUUAGUCAACAGUUUGCAAGACAUGGUGACAAAAUAUCAGAAAAGAAAGAACAAAACCGGGGAUGAGACAGACACCGAUUCAGAGGUGGAGGACCGUGUGGAUGGAGUGAAGUCUUGGCUUUCGAAGAACAAAGGCUCCACCAAGACGCUGUCGGACGAGGGAAGCCUGAAAAGCACCAGAUAUGCCGCAAAUGCAGAUGCCAAGGAAGUAAAAGAAGGUAAGGAGAAGAUGAGUGACAUCAGUAAAGAUGGGAAAGAAGUAGAGCAGAGCAGAUCAGUGUCUGUCAUGAGCUCCCUGAGCUACAGGAAGCGCGCCAACCUGAAAGACUCCAUCGGGGGAACAGGUGAUGAGAACUUCCUGUUUAGCACUCUCAAAGAACAGCCUGACGCGCCAGACCAUGCCUCAAUCCGUAAAGCCAAGGCUAAGUCUGGAGAGCUACAGGACGAUAGGAGGAAGAGCCAGGCGCAGGAAGACAUGGACGACAAAGGCUCUGUCAUCUCCAUGGCCUAUUCGGAGGCCACCAGCAGAGCCAGGAAGGGCCUGGAGUCCCGCUGGACCUCCCGGACCAGCCCAGACUUUGAUAAGGAGUCCAUGGUGUCAUCUGUGGCUCCCAGCAGGUUGUCCACCAGGAGGAGCAUGUUGGACAUGGAUGAUGACAAUAAAUCAACUAUCAGUAGUGUGAGCCGCACUAGCCCCAGAUCACUACAUCGCAGCACUUCUUGGAAAGAAGACAGGCGCAGUAGCUCCCGCUUGUCCCUGGCCCGCAGCUGCGGCCUCAGUGAGUUUGGCCUGAAUGUUCGUGAUGGUGAAGAUGAUGACGAUGAUGCCAAAAGCAUAGCUUUUAGUGAAGGGGGAACUUCAGCUUACAGAUCUCGAUCCACAAGUCGCAGCUGUUCUACCCCGGCUCAACCACGGUCCUCCAGCAGCAACCCAACAGAUCUCUCCGACAUUAAAACAGUCACCCACCGCAACUACUUAGAUCCCGACCUUGAGGCUGCCAUCAAUGAGGUGCUGAGCUUCAAACCUAUUAAAUUCAAGCGCAGCAAACUUGAUGACUCAAGCGAUGAGGAGGAGGAGGUUGAGAAGAAGGCGCCAGGAAGUGAGAGGGGAGAAGACGAGGGGCUCGGCUGCAGCUCAUCCAGCGUGCGGCGCUCCGCAUCAGGCUCGGCUCUGGACUACGGCAACCGGCCUUCCAGUACCCUGAGUACCAGCAGGACCCGCAGUCGCAAAGAUAAGAAGAGUAGAGCCUCUCCAUCAGAUGACUCCUCCUCAGACGAUCGUCACAGCAGAAAGAGUUCAAGGAGGAAGAAGGACAAGAAGUCCAAGAAGAGAUCGAGUAGGAAGCAGAGCGAGUCCGAGGAUUCCUCUUCUUCCUCAGAGUCCUCCUCCUCCUCCUCCUCUUCCUCCUCCUCCGACUCAACACUCUCCUACCGCAGCUCCAGCAGUGUCAAACGGGCCAAAAAACACCCGUCUGAUGAUGACGUAAAGGAGGCGGCAGGGCGUGGGCCAACUGGCAAGAAGGAAUCCAAGAAGAAGCAGAAGAAGGUGGACAACACGGUGAUGAAGUAUCUCUACAAGCCCGACAGUGACUGAUACCAACAGUAAGGUGAUGCUCGGUGUGAAAAUAACCCAGGAGCUUGGAAUAAAUGAAACUGAUUCAGGAUCUUUUACCUAAUGCACUAACUUAGUAUGGAUGAUUACGUUUAUUGUGACACUGAAUAAUCUCCGGGAUACAGUAAUGUGGACUUGUACUGGAUCGGCCACAGCUGCAUUUUUCAAAUGUCACACCGGCUAAUAAGAGCAUGCGGCUAUUUGUUUUUCUUUGCUCUUGCCAACAUCUGUCUUCCUUUAAAAGAUCACCCAUUUAUUAUAGUACACUGUAGCUUGCCUCGAGUCUGCAUUCCUGACACUCUUCGGUUUCUCUAUUUUAUUUCUAAAUUCCAUUAUAAACAACUGCUGAUACAGUUCUUGUACAAAGUAAUCCAUUAUUGUAAUUACGUGUCAUCGGAGCUGCGAGUGUUGUAAAGCAGUGUUGCUUUUUCACUUCCGUCUCUGUAAAGAUGGAUCACAUCUCCGCAAACGCGAGUGCUUCUCCUAAUGUUGUGUUUGAUGUAGCCAUAGUGUUAAGAGAGAGUUGUGUGUCUGUGGCCGCUCCUUCACAACAAACAGAUGUUGGCAAUGAGAUGAAAAACUAAAUUACAUCAUUUCUUUGCCUCCAUGUGUAAACUGAGAGGAGUUGAAAGAGACGUGACAGUUUGCAUCAUAAUUAAAACAGAGUAGUUUUACUGACGGUAUCUUUUUCCUGUGUGAUUAAAAAAAAAGUGUAAGACAGCUGCUGGUUGGUUGUUCUACUAGAAUAUGAAUAGAACUUUCCACUUGCACACUAGCUCUUAUGUUAACUCUUGAAUUAAGGCCAGUUAAGUAGGGGGAACAUUGCACCAGCUCAUAUGUGUGCAUGUUAACAAAACAAGUGCUUUCAAAUCUCAGUCUCUAUUGAAAGUUUCACCCAAGACUACUUUAAAAGCUUCUACACUUGCCAAGAGAGGAACUCUUUAGCACACAGUUGACAUCAACAGUUUAACCCGAACUACAUUUUAGUUUUCUGUCAAAGAUGCAUUUGGAUGUUUCACACUGGAAUGCCUCAGAGAACCAGGGUGACACAAGUAACUGAAAAUCCUUACAGUAAAUAUGUAUGUCUGGUUUAUGUGUCAAUCUCGGAGCCCAUUAGCUGUCAUCUGACCCCGGAUCGGUUUUCAGUCAAACGACUCUCCACACAAAACAAACAGUGAUGCUUUCUGCAGGUGUUUUAGAUCCAGAGACAUUUUGGCUCAUCUCUGUAAAUAGCGAUCUGCAUGAAUGCAGAUAUAUUAAAAAGAAGACAGCCGAUGCAUUUCGGUCAACGUGUUCCACUACAAACUGUUCACAUGCCGGCAACCGAAGCCUGCUCGAGCGUGAUUGGUCAAACUAGAAACGGAAACCACCACCCUGGUAGUCUGUAACAUUCCCAUUCAUUCCGACUGAAGUAUUCCUACUGAGUCUUUUAUUCAUACUUCUAAAAUCACACUUUACUCCCAUUAUGGGGACACUUUUGUCUCAAUUAUAGUCUUGAUUAUAUCAAAGUGGUUGAGUGUUUGACUGUAAAUUUAGAUUUGUGUCUGUCUGCACAUCUCAUGACACCAAUUCAGAGAUAUCAGAGUCUUCCAAAAGGGUGACGAGCAGCAGUUUGUCAGAAGGUAGAGGGUGGCAGCCUUUUGGAGUAUGUUUUAUGCAUAAACAGAAGGUAGAGUCCAGACCAAACAAUUUAGUUUGAUUAACUAAUAUGAGUGUUAACCCAAAUAACCCUGUUUCAUCAUGGGGUCAACCACCUGAAAUAUUAAUUUUCUCAAGUCACAUCACUAAUUUGAAAAUAAAAUUGGAAGCAACCCUGAUAACAACGUACAUAAACACUAUGCAUGCGUUAGGGGAUUCUGCCUGGAGAAGAUUGUGAUUGCUUGUAGUUUUCCCAUAUCUGCAUGAAACCCCUUUUGCCCUCUUCA